AUGGAUGAUAAUAAUUUUAAAAACGAUUCUUCAAAUGUUGCUAUUAUUCGAGAGGUAUAUGACGGCGCAAACGCUCAUGAAACCUUCGAGUAUGAAUUGGAGAGAGCACUGGAAGCAAAGUGUAAUUUAAUUGUCAUUGAACCUUCAAAAUUAGGCGAUGAAACAUCAAGAUGGAUUACAGUUGGAAACUGCUUGCACAAAACAGCAUCACUUUCAGGGCUAACAGCUAUUGUUACUGGUGCACUUUGGGGUAAUAAACCUUACCUCUGCAGUACCUUCGGAAUAACGGCCUUUAUAACAUGUGGUCUUUACACUGUGUCCUGGCAGUUUGAUCCUUGCUGCCAAUACCAAGUAGAAACUGACACCAGUAAAUUACCUCAUGUAGAGUUGCUGGCAAUUCUCGGACCUUGUUCACCAACAUUUCUCGUACGAAAAGACGAUAAACGUCGACGAAUUCUUCAUGGGACCAUUACAGUCGCCGCUAUUAGUAUCUGUGCAUGGAGAUUAUAUCAAGCAUUUAAAUAA